AUGGAGAAUCAGAACCUUCCCAAUGAGCGAGCUCUGGGGGUUUAUUGGUUUGUGGAAUCAGACAGCUUGGGGUUCAAAGUCAGUUUGCCAAAGCAACCUGCAACACGACGAGGAAUACUUUCUAUCACGAGUUCAGUUUAUGAUCCUCUGGGUAUCGCAGCUCCUUUCGUGUUGAAGGCCAAAAUUCUCCUUCAGAGUCUUUGUCGACGAGACAUAGGAUGGGAUGAAGAGAUCCAGGGAGAAGAUCUUAGAAUCUGGAAUCAGUGGCUCAGUGAGGUGAAAGACCUGGAUCAGCUUAGGAUCAGGAGAUGCUACAAGCCUUCAGGGUUUGGGCAGGUUGUAAGCUGUCAGCUUCACAUCUUUGCAGAUGCUAGUGACGUAGGGUAUGGUGUGGCUGCCUAUCUCCGGCUUUGUGAUGAAUCUGGGCGCAUCAGCUGUUCGCUUGUUACAGGCAAAGCAAGGGUUGCACCUUUAAAGAAGAUGACUAUCCCGCGUAUGGAGUUGACAGCAGCAACCAUCGCAGUUAGACUUGGCAAAGUGCUUACUCAAGAGCUGGACUGCGACAUACACGGCACCUACUACUGGACAGACAGUAUGACGGUAUUGCGGUACCUCGCAAACGAGAGUUGUCGCUUCCAGACCUUUGUUGCAAAUCGCAUUGCAAUAAUCAGAGAUGCCUCUUGCUUGCAGCAGUGGAAGUACGUGAAUACCAAAUUCAACCCUGCUGAUUGCGCAACACGUGGUCAGUCAGUGAAAAGGUUUCUUCAGUGCUCCAUGUGGUUUGAGGGUCCAGGCUUCCUGUCUCAGCCAGAAACAGAAUGGCCUCAGCAAGAUGCCGAUCUUACCAAGCUACCAGAUAAUGAUGCUGAGGUGAAGAAGACUGUGCUGAUGGCAGCAGAGACACCUAUCAGUCCGGUUGACAGACUUCUGGAGCACUAUUCAGAUUGGACCAGGCUGAAACGGGCAGUUGCUUGGAUAUUGGUUGUGAUGAAGCGCCUCCAAGAUAGAGUAGCUGCAAGCGAGAGGUUGAAACAGGAGCCAGCACAGCAAGAGUUAGAACAGCAAGAACCCAAUGCGUUGCACCGUUCACAGAAGCUCGAAUCAGAGCAGAGCAGAGUUAAGCAAACUCUUUCAUCAGGUGACAGAGAAAGUCUUAACCAUACUCGACUUACCACAGAGAACCUUGAGGCUGCUGAGAGGGUUUUAGUGUACCAUGUCCAGCAGAAACAUUGGAAGGACGAAAUCAAAUUGCUCAACGAGAAGGAGAGGGAAAACCAUCCUCGGUAG